CUCUGCCUUCGGCAAAGGACGCGAUUCAGACGCAGAUUGCCCCUCGCAUCCUCCGUCCCCACACGCUGCAAACUUCCUUUCAUUGCAAUUCAAAUAUCCACUACGUCACUCUCUUCUUCUCUGCAAGCUUGCAAAUGCUUCACAUCCACAUCCUCUAGAAGAUUUCCCGAACCCCAAUCCCCCGCCGUCCCCAAUGUCUCGUCGUUUCGCCUUCACGCUCUUCCUCUUCCUCUCACUCCUAAUUCUCUCUGCUCAGGUUCACGCUCGGUUCCUUUCGUCCUCCUCUAAUCUUGUUUCCAAUGGGAUCCACCAUUCCCGGGAUUUUCCGGAGGACAAUCUGCUCCGACUUUUGCCGCCGUUGAAGGAGUCUGCCUGCGAGCAGACGUAUGGAUUCCUGCCCUGCACCACCUCUGUAGUCGGAAACUUGUUCCUCAUCGCCGUCUAUGGCUUUCUCAUGUACAAGGCUGCUACCUAUUUGUCCAAUGGCAGCGAGCUGUUGCUUGAGAUAUUGGGCCCCGGGAUCGUUGGUGGCUUGUUUCUUCCCGUUCUCGGCGCUCUGCCCGAUGCCAUGCUCAUUCUCGUAUCUGGGCUUUCUGGUGGUAAAGAAACCGCUCAAAGUCAGGUCUCUGUUGGAAUGGGUUUGCUUGCAGGGUCAACAGUUUUGCUUCUGACUAUAAUAUGGGGAACUUGUGUAAUUGUUGGCAAGUGUGACAUAGAAGAUUCAAUUGCGAAAGAUUCACAAGACACACGAGGAUUUAGCUUAACUGGUUCUGGCGUUAGUACUGAUAUUUGGACAAGCUAUGCUGCAAGGAUCAUGGUUAUAUCUGUCAUUCCAUUUCUGAUUGUUCAGAUACCCCAAUUACUCAAAUCAACGUCUGGAAGGCACUUGGCUGUUUUAAUUGCACUUAUUGUCUCUCUUUGUUUAUUGGCUUCUUAUUGCUUUUACCAGGUUUUUCAGCCCUGGAUACAGAGGAGAAGACUUGCUUAUGUGAAACACAAGCACGUAAUAUUUGGAAUUCUGAGACACUUAAGGCAGCAGGCAUUGGGAAGGUUGCUGAGAGAAGAUGGUGAACCUGAUAGAGAAAUAAUCAGGAAGCUUUUUUCAAAAAUUGACGAGAAUGGUGAUGGACAACUUUCUCACAGUGAAUUGAGAGCGUUGGUUAUUGGAAUUGAGUUUGAAGAGGUUGACCUGGACCAUGGUGAUGCUGUGACAAAAAUAAUAGAGGAUUUUGAUACUUCUCGUAACUCACUUAUUGAUGAAGAUGAGUUUUUUAACGGAAUUAAUAGAUGGCUUUCUAAGGCUAAGCGCUCUCGACGUGCUACUGGUGAUGCUGGUCCACAUACAAUGAAGUUUUUAACUGAUUUUCACCAGGAAACGAAGAGGGAACACGAUCUACUGGAUGUUGGGGGUCCGGCUGAAGAAGCUGCUGAGGAUGUUAAGAAUGCCAAAUGGAAUACUAUAAAAGCAGUGCUGCUGCUCCUUCUGGGAACAGUUAUUGCUGCUGUAGUUGCUGAUCCUCUGGUUGAUGCUGUUGACGAAUUUUCCGACGUCACAAGUAUUCCUGCAUUCUUCAUUUCCUUCAUUGUACUGCCUUUGGCUACGAAUUCCAGUGAAGCAGUGUCAGCAGUUAUUUUUGCUAGCCGUGACAAGAGGCAGACCGCCUCCUUAACUUUUUCAGAGCUAUAUGGGGCAGCGACAAUGAACAACGUGCUUUGCCUGGCAGUGUUCUUGGCCCUUGUAUAUGUAAGGGGAUUGACAUGGGACUUCUCUGCAGAAGUGUUGGUCAUUCUGGUAGUUUGCAUUGUGAUGGGAGUAUUUGCCAGUUUCCGUACCACUUUUCCUCUGUGGACUUCUAUAGUGGCCAUCCUACUUUAUCCCUUUUCUCUCGCACUGGUUUAUGUCCUUGAUUAUGUGUGUGGUUGGUCAUAAACCCCAAUCAUUAAACAUAUGAAUGCUCUGUUAAAUAUAAGCAAACCAAGCUAGUUAUCAAUGAACCUGUGUGUUAGAUAUGUUUGUUUAUGAUUAGCUUGGUUUAAUUCUUAUUUUUAGUGAGUAUGUUCUAUCCUAGGCCUUUA